UUGAGGCGAAAGUUUUACUUUCUCUAAUUAAACAAUACAAAAUGGCGUCCGAAGAAGUGGAACAAAAAGUCCAAAUCUUUUUAACAUAUUUAAUUCAAAAGAAAUUCACGAGUACUUACGAUUUAGCUCAGAAAACGGUCCUACUACUAAGAGAUAUAAUAUCAAAAUCAAAAUGGGCCAAUCCUAGGGAACUAAUGGAGAGGGUGAGGGAGGACGGGAAGAGAAUCAUUACAGCUCAAGCUGGGGAAAAUGUAGUAUGCAAUAUGGUCAGAAGAGUUCUUAAAAUUAUUCGUGAAGAACUUGUAAGGUGUCUGAGAGGAUCCGAUUCUGAGAGCAUGGACCUCAAGGAUUCGUUACAUACUAUGCUAAAAGGAGGUGAAGAUUAUGAUGAUCUGUCAAAGCCUGUACCUAAUUUAAAAGGUGCUGUUAUUGAAGCCAUACACGAAUUAUUAGGAGAAAUGGAAGAAAGUGCAUCCAAUAUUGCAGCACAAGCAUUGGACCACAUUCAUUCCAAUGAGGUCAUUAUGACAUCAGGUCAUUCUAAAACAGUAGAAGCUUUUCUUAAAGGUGCUGCUAGAAAGAGAAAAUUUCAAGUGAUUGUAGCGGAAUCAUCACCCUCUUAUCAAGGUCAAAAACUAGCUCGUAAUUUAGCUGAAGCAAAAAUCGAAACGACCGUAAUCACCGACUCGGCAGUUUUUGCUCUAAUGUCAAGAGUUAAUAAGGUGAUAAUCGGAACUCAUACAGUAAUGGCCGAUGGAGGGUGAGAGAGCUAGUUAUUAUAUUAAUAGU